AUGCAGGCGUACUCCCAAUAUCCACCGCACGAUGCGCAUAACCCGCACUUGGGUGGUGGUUAUCAGACAUCACCUCAAAGUACCAAUACUGGAUCUCUAACUUCACCUUCUGGCCAGUCACACUUGCAUCAACAAAACACACAGGCUUCGCCAAUACUGCCUUCACAAAGCCAACACCAAUACCAGGCGCCAGGAUCAAUGGGCUACCCACAAUACGGAGUUGGUAAUAUGUAUCAGAAUCCGGGCAUUUCUACUUCAGCGGCAGCAGCUAUGGCGACAGCUGCAGCCUCAGGGCAAGGAAUUCCUCAGAUGUCCGCUGGCAUGCCUCAAGGGCCCAACAUGAAUCAACAAAGGCGCAUGAGUCAAGUCACUAGUCCGCACGGUCAAAUGUCGCAGCCAGUCAUGAACAGCAUGGCCCGCCAGUCAGUGCAACCCCCGAUGCAGCCUCCACAGCAGCCUGUACAAGCCCCACAAGAAGAAAUCCCAACAAGUGGCCAAGAGGAGGCACCCUUAUAUGUCAACGCGAAGCAGUUCCAUCGCAUACUGAAGCGCAGAGUGGCACGACAGAAGCUUGAAGAACAAUUACGUCUUACUUCGAAAGGGCGGAAGCCGUAUCUUCAUGAGUCACGACACAACCAUGCCAUGAGACGACCUCGUGGUCCUGGUGGUCGUUUCUUGACUGCGGACGAGGUUGCCGCCAUGGACAAGGAAAAGGGCGGCGAAAAUGGGUCGCCGGAGAACACAAAACUCGAUACUCCCGUGAGCGGGACGAAACGCAAAGCUGCAUCAAACCACAGUGAAGCGCCUGUCAAAAAGUCGAAGGUGUCGAGCGAGAGCGCCGAGGAUGACGAGGACGAUGGUGAUGGCGAGGAAGACUAG